AUGUCCGAGAAGGUUCCGAUGCGGGUGUCAACGGAUGGCGACAUUUCAUUGGAGUCGGUCCGGCGCGAACUUCGCUUCUUCCUGUACGAUCCGCCUCUUAUCGUGGUGCAUCUAUCGGCCAAGCCAGUCAUUGCCGUACAUCACCGUGGGAGCCUCGAACAACCCACCAGAGAAUCUCCAGGCCUGCAUACCAUUGCAGAAGAGUUUGGGGCGUACAAAGUGCUGGCAAUCCUCGUCAUGAGCGAAGGGAACUCGAGUCUCGACGUGCACAGCAGAAUCGCUUCGUUUGAAGCGCACAACGAUGCCACGCGUCGCAUUCCUGAUUCGCCGACUCGGUCAAAUGCUGGAACACCCGAGACGCUCAGCGCUGCGAGCAGUGGAAAGAGUGAGCUCGUUGACGUCAUUUUGAGCAAUCUAAACAGUCUACAUCAGCAGUCCGAGCUUUCGCCUGAUCGUCCGCCUUCUACAACGAGACGAGCGAGCCAGAAUCGCAAAAACCGACUGCGAGAAGCGAACAUACAGCGUGACUUUCGUGCACCCCAACCGCCGCCGGACCCCCCCAUGGUGAACAUGUCCCCAUCUGCCAAACAAGCUAUGCGGAAAUGUCGCCCAGACGGAAACGAAAGCGAUAAAGUCACGGAAAAGCCUUCGUCGGAAGCGCCCUCUACUGCAGCAGCCGAUAAUGGAACCCCGAAACGUCGUGGAAUCCUUCCCAAUGCGCCGAUUUCGCCGGCUCGACCAAACGAAACCACGCCGAAGACCGCAUCCCUUGCUCAACCCCUGCAAAAGACCUCGCACGAUGUGGGGUCGGCAAAGAAAGCUACACCGUCCUUGAGGAUGCAACCCAAUCUCACGACAAGCCGAUCAGAUCGAAGAAUAGAACUCCAGCGACAGGCAGACGAGCGACGGGCGAUGCUAGAGCAAGCACAAACUUUCACGGCAACAGCAAAAAAGCUUCCCACUCCAGUCGCAGCUAGCACACAGGCUUCAACAAUCAGUAGUCGCGUUGCCAAAAUCAAAAAAAUAAAAAAGCUUAAAUCCUUGGAUCACGUACGCCGCCAUUCGACCAGGGCCCAGUCAACCGAAGUAGCGUCAAUGUACCACGCUACGACCUCGCCAAAGCCCAGUAUUGACGGUGAUUUUGUGCAUAUCUCCGACCCUGCUGCAUCACUGAGAGACGACAGUAACAUUGUGGCAUCAAGCAUACAACAAAGCGAAGUUUGCGUCUCCGACAGUUUCGCCAAAGACCGCGGCAACGGGAUACCACAUGACAUUCGGAGCCCCGAAUUACCUGAUUUGCAACGCGACGGGUUUUUACCACGGAUACGAACACCGGGUAGAGAAGUGACAUGUAGCAGGUCUGACCCACGGGGAAGGCUGAUGGUCGCCCCGAGCUCCUCAUCGGACUACGAAACGGACGGUGACAUAAGUCGGGAACCUGGGGCAUUCCUUUCUAGUGAUCGUAAUCUGGAAGAGCUAGCCCUCUCGGGCACUUCCGCUUCGCAAAUGACUCCAGACGUGGCAGAAUUUUUUGGAAGCAGCGGCCACAAUGAGCUCCAACAGCUAAAACUUGCCCCGCUCAAGGACGAUGACGAUGACCGUACCUUUGAUUAUGGAAGCCGCGAAGACAACGAGCACGAUACGGAGGAUGCUGUCCGUCAAGGUAGCCUGACGUAUUCUCAGAAGCGUGAAGAGGAAGACUGUGAGCGGCAAGCCAAGGAAGGGGACGUUACGGCAGUGGCGUCGGAUAUGGAAGGAUCUCUUGUCCAGAAGGGCGAUCUCGAACAUUACCGUAAGUCUCUAGAUACUCCAAUUGCAAAAACUGCUGCUGUGGUGGCGGGAGCAGCCACCGUGGGCUGCAUUGUCAUGGGACCGGUGGGCUUAUUGGUGGGGGCAGCGGUUGUCGGCAUUGGUGUUGGAGUAAUGCAGAUUCCCGAUGAACAACGAAGUAAUAUGCGACAGAAAGCAACUGAAGCAAUAGAGGGAAUGCAAGAUUCGGCCGCCAACGCGAGCGAGAUCCUGUCGAACUCUUGUGCAAACACUUAUCGCGAGUCGGGUUUAGAUGAUCACGUACCAACAGAAGUAAAAAAUUUCUGCAAUGGGACCGAAUCCGAUGCAACGGAACUGCAUUUGCCAGCGAACGAGGAAGAUGUCUUGUUGACUAAAGAGUACAUCGAUAAAAAUCCAUCCAAAGAAUAUCCAAGCAUUGCCCCGAAAUCAAGGGUGCCUCCCUCUUUGCCUUAUGCAGUACCGAAGCAACGUGACAAGAAGCAAAUAGUUGCAUGUUUGAGAGAUGACGCCAUAACUCCAGUUGCUCAGAUAUACUCCUUGCCCCUAGCAGAGCAGCCCAUUGCAUGGCUGGAUGUUUUGGCUUGUGCAUAUACGCUCUCUGACGAGAAAGUGGAAGCAAUGGAGGAAAUACUGAUUCUCGCGAAAGAUAAACACCGCGCGAGGAUUUUUCUUGAAGAAGGAAUUCUUGAUCCGAUAAUUUGGAUCUUGGAUCGCUACUUGGAAAAGAAGAACGUAGACUCGACACCAAGCCACUGGGCAAACCCUGAUAUUUCUGAAGACGAGGAGGCUGCAGCUAAGCUUGCUGCAAUGUGCUGCUUAACGCUCGGCAAGGCACAUUGUGCUGCAAAUCACACAGAGGGUGAUCUUUUACUAAUGAGUUUGUACGAAAGAGGGACCGUCCCAGAGGAGAGGCAGCUGGCACAAAUGCUGCAUGAGGUUCCUCAUCAUGCCCGUGUCUCUACGUCAAACGACCCAACAGUGAUUACGCCGGGAAGCGAAAUAUUUGCCCAGAAGCGAUUGAGUCUACCCCAGGCUGAGGAAAUGGCAAACGUGGUAAAACGUUUGGCUGAUCUGCAUAAGCCAGCUGUUUGAUAGAGUCAAAAUUCUUGGCAUAAGUUUAUAGUUGCUACAAUUAUACAGUG